GUCCUUCUCCAAGAAAUAAAAGUCGCCAUAAGUCCUCUAAAGUACGCAGAUCCCUUCCAUCUGACCCCUUCUACCUGCUACAUUUCGGCUCAUUUUAGCUUAACCCCAUAAACCCUAGCUCAUCAUCUUCUUCUUCUUCCUUUCACCCUUUAUGCGUAAUCCUUCACUUUUCUUAACUGGCAGACAAUCAUUAACGUCUCUUUUACUUUCUUCAUUACACUUUGUUUCUCUAUCAUAUAAACUUUUUAUUUCUUUUUUUUCUGCUUUGCGUUUUUUCAAGUUGAGGUUGAAGAGAGAGUGUUGAAUUUCAUCAAAAAAAAUGUUAUUUUGAGGUUCAGAUCUGGAGAAGUUAAGGCUUUGUUUCAAACAACGUCUCUUCUUUUUCUUGGAUUCUUUUUUACCUUUUUUUAAGCUGACAUAAAAGUAUAAAACCAUUACUGCUUGACUCCAAUUCCUUCUUCAAGGGAGUUUUUGUACAGACAGAGAGUGGAAAUGUUAGCGAUUGGGAGUCCUUGCAGUCUCCGUACCACCUCUAGUUGUAAUGCUUUACUCAGAGAGCUUCAGCAAAUAUGGAGUGACAUCGGCGAGAGUGAAGCGGAAAAAGACCGCAUGCUGAUGGAGUUGGAGAGGGAGUGCUUAGAAGUUUACAGGAGAAAAGUCGAGGAAGCUGCCAAUGCAAAGGCCCGUCUUCAUCAGACUGUUGCAGCGAAGGAAGCUGAGCUGGCAACACUCAUGGCUUCUCUUGGGGAAAUUCAUAUUCACUCACCGACGGAGAAAAGAUCAGCAUCAUUAAAAGAAAAACUUGCCUCUGUUGCACCUCUGGUGGAUAAUCUUAGAGUAAAGAAAGAAGAACGUAUGAAGCAAUUCUCUGACAUAAAGGCACAAAUCACAAAGAUUAGUGGGGAGAUUUCUGGGUAUGACCAUCUGAACAAUUCUCUAAUCAAUUUAUCUCUGGAAGAAGAAGACUUGUCUAUGAGAAGGCUCGUUGACUACCAAACACAUCUUCGCACCCUUCAAAAGGAAAAGUCUGACCGCCUGAAUAAGGUUUUGGAAUAUGUGAAUGAGGUGCAUUCUCUUUGUGGUGUGCUUGGGUUGGAUUUUGGCCAGACAGUGAGUGAUGUGCAUCCGAGCUUGCAUGGUACCGGCAUGGGGCAUUCAACAAAUAUAAGCAAUAGCACAUUAGAAGGCUUAGAGCAGGCCAUUGUUAAAUUAAAAGCCGAAAGAAAGUUCCGAAUACAGAAGCUGAAAAAUAUAUUGGAGUCACUCUUUGAUCUUUGGAACUUGAUGGACUCGCCAAAAGAAGAGAAGAGCAGCUUUUCAAAGAUUACUUGUGUUCUUACAUUAUCAGAGCCUGAAGUUACAGAACCGGGUGUUCUAUCUACUGAGAUAAUUGAAGAGGCAUCAGAAGAAGUGGAUAGGCUUACUAAACUUAAGGCGACUCGACUGAAAGAACUUGUUAUGAAAAAGAGGUCAGAAUUGGAGGAAAUAUGCAAAAUGACUCACAUUGAACCUGAUACAAGCACAGCUGCUGAAAAAUCCAGUGCUUUGAUAGAUUCUGGUCUAGUGGAUCCUUCUGAACUUCUGGGCAAUAUUGAGUCACAGAUUAGCAAAGUUAAAGAUGAAGCACUAAGCCGAAAAGAUAUUAUGGAUAGGAUAGACCGAUGGCUUUCAGCAUGUGAAGAGGAAAAAUGGCUGGAAGAAUAUAAUCAAGAUUAUAACAGAUAUAAUGCCGGCAGAGGUGCACACAUUAAUCUGAAACGUGCAGAGCGAGCUCGAGUAACUGUGACCAAAAUUCCAGCAAUGGUUGACAAUCUGAUAAACAGAACACUAGCGUGGGAAGAGGAGAAAAAUACGUACUUUCUUUAUGAUGGAGUCAGGUUGGUGUCAAUACUUGAUGAUUACAAGCUGGCCAGACAACAGAGGGAAGAAGAGAAGAGAAGAUGCAGGGACCAAAAGAAGCUCCAGGAUCUCCUCAUGACAGAGAAGGAAGCUAUAUAUGGGUCAAAGCCUAGUCCUAGAAAAACUAGCAGCUUUAGGAAGCCAAAUGGAUAUCGUGCAAAUGGAAAUGGAACGAUGACUCCCACCCCCCGUCGGAACUCUAUUGGCAGUGGAGCUUCUGAGCUCCUCACUUCUCGAUCCUACUCGGGGCGUCAAAAUGGACAUUUCAAGGAAAUGCGAAGGCUCUCAACUGCUCCACUGAACUUUGUGGCCAUAUCAAAAGAAGAUACAAUGUCAACAUACACAUCUGUUUGUGGCUCUGAGCUAGGGUCUCCUCCACAUGGUUGAUUCUACAUACCUGGAAAUGGAACGCAUCCGGCUAUUAAAAUUCAACAACUGUACACUCAAUUGAAUCAAUGAAAGGCUUUGUGAAUACGGAAAGGAUUGUACACUAUGAUUGUGAAUUGUAAAGUACUUGGAGAGAAGGGGUAACUGACAGUUGAAGACAUGCAUUUAGAUGUAAUUUGUGCUGCUUGUUGACAGUUGAAAUAGAAGUGCUAUAGUAAUACUGACCUCGUAUUUUGAUUGAUCUUGAUUGUGUUUUGCAUUGCCCUAUGUAUAUAAAACCUAUAUACCAGUGUGGUUGCUUUCAUUUUGAUGCAGUAGGAAGUUUGGGAAA